AUGUUUCAAGAUCUUGGAACAAGCAAUGGUCACCGAAAUAUCAGUUAUUUAUUAACGAAAUUAUUUCAAUCACACAUUUUUAUUGAUAGCGCUGCAUGCAAAGGGAAUAGUAGUGUAUUAUCCACUUCCAUUUUAUUUAGCUGUUUUCAUUUUGAUAUUAUGAGUUUGCUAUCCUCUCUUCGAGGCUUUAAAAAAAGUGAUUGUGAGUCAAAGAUCCUGAUUCUGGGAUUUGAUAAUGCUGGCAAAACCACAAUCCUGCAAUUUCUCUCUGGAGAAGAAAUUAGGAAUAAUUUUACUCCUGGUUUCAACUUACAAUCAUUGACCAAUGAAAACUUCAGGUUCUUAGCCUGGGGCAUCGAUGGACGAGAAAAUAUGAGGCCAAUCUGGCGAAAUUACUUCGAUCAUGCAGAUGGCCUUAUCUUUGUUAUUGAUAGCGUCGAUAGAAACCGCAUGCAAGAAAUUGGGCAAGAGCUGCAAUAUUUAUUUGAAGAUGACAAACUUGCAGGGAUUCCUGUUUUGAUCUUCGCUAACAAGCAGGAUUUUCUUCGCGCGCUUUCUGCAAUCGAAAUUUCUAAUGCCUUGAUGUUGCAUUCAAUAAGAGAUAGAGGUUGCGAAGUUAAUUAAAGUCAGACGCUAUCCAAAUUGGCGACUGCGUUACCAAAGACCUCCCAUACAGAAGGCUCAACCACUUUUCAAUUCUAGCUAAGAGCGUCUAUCCCCGAAGCGGGUGCCACUUCCUAUGCCUUCUAUCUCCUCCUUACCUUGCGGCUUCAUUCUUGAGUGCUUAUGGAGUUCUGCGGCAAUUGGAGUAGCUUGAAUCCAAGGAUCAGCUUCUUCUUGGAGUCUUUCGAGUGUCGAAGUGCCUUCCUUCGACAGCUACAGGAAACAUACUAAUCCCCUGUGGCCUAGGCCGAAACCCCCAGAUUCUCGGUAGAGGAAUGCCCAUGGGUCUUGGGAUCCAAAGGAUGUUGUUGGAAUCUCUAUUUCCAACUGCAGGAAAGCCAAAACCUACCCAGAUACACAUUUCCUGAAGUUGUACUUGAUUCUGGACUCCAGUUCAUCAUGUAUAAGGUCUGGAAUGUUGAAGAGGGUAGGCUGACAUAAAGCGCCAUUUUAAUGUAUAACAAGAGAUAGAGAUUGGUGUAUCAUACCCAGUUGCUCAAGGACUGGUGAAGGGCUUCAAGAAGGCAUGAAGUGACUUGUGCAGACAAUUCAAAAGUAA